GCAAAUUUCAAUUUAACGUAUAGAAGAAUGUAAUGAACCAUAUACCAAGUUUUGAAUAUUUGCAAUUUUGUUGUUUGAACACUUAAUUGUUGUUCGCUUCAAAGUUCAAUAAAGGCCUCAAGGCCCAAAGUAUAUCUGUUACUCAUCCAGUCGACACAGUCAUACUUAAACGUCGCCGUUUCCGUGUUCGAAGCUUCGUGAAAAUCUUCAAUCUCGCGAGAGAGAAGAAGAAGAAGAAGAAGAAGAAGAAGCGAUGUUCCUGGUGGAUUGGUUCUAUGGAGUUCUGGCAACUCUGGGACUAUGGCAGAAAGAAGCGAAGAUUCUGUUUCUAGGUCUCGACAACGCCGGCAAAACCACCUUGCUUCACAUGUUAAAGGACGAGAGACUGGUCCAGCAUCAGCCGACACAGCAUCCGACAUCGGAAGAGCUUAGUAUCGGCAAAAUCAAGUUCAAAGCCUUCGAUUUGGGAGGUCAUCAGAUUGCUCGUAGAGUCUGGAAGGACUAUUACGCUAAGGUUGAUGCAGUGGUAUACCUAGUUGAUGCAUAUGACAAAGAGAGGUUUGCAGAAUCAAAGAAAGAGCUUGACGCUCUUCUCUCUGAUGAAUCCCUAGCAAAUGUCCCUUUCCUCAUCCUUGGAAACAAAAUCGACAUUCCGUACGCUGCAUCAGAAGACGAGCUGCGUUAUCAUCUAGGCCUCACCAGUUUCACCACUGGGAAAGGUAAAGUGAAUCUAGCAGGAACAAAUGUUCGUCCUCUUGAGGUGUUCAUGUGCAGCAUUGUCAGAAAGAUGGGUUACGGCGAAGGAUUUAAAUGGGUUUCUCAAUAUAUCGACUAGAUCAAUCAUAUUUAAGUCUUAUCUAUCUAUACUGUGUGAUUGGUAUCUGUACGUGUUAUAACCUAAUGUAUAAUUACGAUUAAUGUGUGUAUACAACAAGAUUUGACGGCUUUUAAAUUAUCAAUUUUGUGUUUACAGACCAAAGUUGAAUCCUAUGAAAAGUGUGAACCCAUUUGUCUGUGACUGUGUAACUGUGUGGGGCUUAAGAAAUGGCUGUAUCUUAGCUUUUUUAUGAAAAUUCGAAAGAUGAACACUUUUACUUUAA